UUUGCUACUACGUAGUGUAUUACAAUAUUCGGUGUUAGUACGAAAAUAAUAUGGUUGUCCGCAUAAUUAUUGCGGGUGAAUCCCAAUGCGAAAAGUUCGCGCAAGUUAACUUGGUGGUGGAUCAUCUCUCUCAAAAUCUACCCAAUUUUUGUUACGAACGUAUAGAAAAAAGUAUUUCGGAAUGGAAAACAUGGCUUGCCAAGAUAAAUCAGAAAUAUAAAUGGCAUCACAUAGGAUCUCCUUUAGUUUGGAAAGAACUCUUAAUGAAAGGAAGUAAGCCCUAUUAUAUUGGCGGCCUCCCAGAAUUUUUAGAUUAUUGCCACUCGUAUUACCGAUUUGAUUAUUUUAUGGCAGAUUCUAAAUUUAAAGGUAUAACUGAAAACUGUAAUCAAUAUCGAACAAAAAUUAAAAAGGAUAAACAAGAGAUACAGUUAAAAUUUUCUUCAGAAUAUAAGAUAGCCGAAAGUCUACCGAAAAAUGAUUAUGUUGUAUGCAUAUCAGGUGCUGGAUAUCAGUUGACGGAACACCUAAUAUCACAAUUACUAGAACUAUCGGUUGGCACUAAAACUAUAGCCAAAAUAUUUAUCUAUGAUGGUGAAUGCCCUAACCCACCGAUAGACAAGAUAGAACAUGAAUGUAGUUACAUUGAAACUAACUAUUCUGGAAAAGUAGUGAAAUAUGUUGAAAAAAUUGGUAUUGCUCUGACGUACUGUGACCUAUUGAUAGUAUUGGAUCACGUACCUUUUCACAUGGAUGCACCCAUUGGGGAUUGGUUGAAAGCAAACAAACAUGCAAUGGAAGAAAUAGCUUUAAUGCUAAAUGCAUCAGCAAAGCGAGAUAUACGUAUCCUAUUACCUAAUCUUGGCCCAGCAUGUUACAAUGCAACAAUUCUGAUGAAAGCGGCGAAUAUUGAUAAACAUAACAUAGUAGUAGCUACAUCGGAUCUGGGUUUGGAGGUAGCUCCAGUAGCCGCGGAAAUUGCUGAAGUGGCUAUGAGAAACAUGUUCUGUCCUCCCGUGUGGGGAUUUGUAGGAGUUAAUCAUUUAGUGGAUAUAAGAACUACAAUACAUAAAUACAAUACCUUCGAGCCAUAUAAGAGAUACACGAGAGUGAGAAAUUCAACCUUAAAUGUAGGAUCAAUUACUCCAGAAAUGCGAACAAUGGAAUAUUUAAUGAUAUUUGAUAAUACUUUGUGGACGAAGGUCCUGGAGAGAAGAAAACAAGCAAGUUUUUCACAACUACCCAUUAAUAAAGUCAUCAGUCUUGUUAAUGUGGUUAAACUUUGGCUAUUUGGUGCUCAACCUGACGAGAUCAUUUGUCUCGGUAUCAAAUGUAACGGAUCGUUUGGUUUACAUUUCGAUGGUGCUUUUUCACAGCCAGCGCAUUAUGUUAAUGGAAAGUGGUUACCAGCAGAUAAUUAUUUAAUGCCAAGAGAUCCAGAAAUGAAACUACCAUAUUUAGAAGAAAUGGCACGAUUGUGCAUGAAUAUGCAACAGGGAAAGUUACCAAAAGUUGCAUCUUGUACUCCUUGUAUUUGUAAACGGCUUAAUUUAUCCGCGAAAGUAUGUCGAAGUACCCGAUUUUACAGAUAGUUUUUAUUUUAU